GUCACUUGCCAGCACUUUUGGAAUGAAUUUAGAGCACACUCAACGCAUGUUCAGAUAUUCAGUUAAAAUUGACUGAACUGCAUAGAAACUUAAAUCAAGUUCAUAAGCCGCCUCCCUGAUUGUAAGUCUAUGAUCAGAGCGCACUAAGUCACGAACUUUUACAACGUUUUUGAGGUGGAAGAAUGGCUGGACCUUGGUUCAUCUUCAAAUGAUUCACGGCCAUUUUUAAAUCUGUUGAACCAGGCAAAAACAUUUGACUGGCUCAUACAAUUAUAUCCAAAAGCUGUUUUUAAUAGUUCGUAAGCCUCAGAAGCUGAUUUUCCAGUUUUAAAACAAACUUUCACACAAACUCGUUGCUCCGUUUUUACGUCCAUUUUCACGCAUACAGAAUCUGGCAACAGACCCUAACAGACCCACACUCAACCAGGUGCCACUGAAUAAAGAAAACACAGUUUCCUGUCAGAGGGCGUUCAAGAACAAGGCAAUGACUCACUCCACACCCUCCAUGUACCGGCCCACCAAUCCAGUCAUCCACAGUAUAAAUGAAUUAUCAGCAGGUGAUGCAGUGGGAUUUAGUGUUCUUCAACAUCAAGCAGAACGGCUUUUGUCUGUAAUUAGCCACGAAGCAAUUCAACAAUGUGUGGAUGACACAGAGCAUUUGCAAACAAGUGGACUGUCUGACAGAAUACUUCGUCUUGAAUCACGUGCUCGACCAGUGCAAGGUGUAGAUUCAUCUGUGAAUACUCGCGGGUCACGGUGUGACAUCGAUGAGCGUUAUCCCGAUAUGAGCAGCUCUCGGGAAUCCCUUAUGGAUCUGGCUAAUGUGGUGAGUCUGCCACCAGUGCCUGAGGACAGUCUUGGAAACUUCUACAAACUUGCUGUCAGAACGUCUAGCCUGUCAUCACUGAAAAACUUCCGCAAAGUAAAGCUGUGUUUGCAGCGUGCAUCCUCUGAGGAGGAUGAGGACAGUGAAAGUGAAGAACACAGCUUUGCUUCAUCGGAUGAGCAAGGAAGCAGUGACAAGGAAAUGAGGCCAGCUUUUCUGUCGCAAAAAAAGAACAUCAUGCUUGGUAACAUUAAAGAAGAAGUUUGAAGACUUCUGGCACUUGACACCAUUUCCUGGUUUAUUUUGUCUGCAAAAACAUUAAUGGCCUUCUGGAUUUUUUUGUGGGCAACAGCUCCUAGAUAUACUGGAAGAGAGGAGAAUUAUUGUUGCAAAAAUACUUGUAACUUAAGAAGUCAAAUUAUAAGGAAACAAUGUUCACAAAAUAUUCUCUGUUAUAUGACUGCUAUAUAAACUUUAUUUUAUAUCUAAACACAGCAACAAAAAUUGUGACACAGAUGUAUAUAGGAAAUCAUGAACAAGCCUCAAACUUCUCUUAGAGUGCUUUAUAUUAUAGUUCCAAGGAAAAUGCACAUUUUGUUUUAGAAAAGUGUGCUGGAGGAUAUGUGAUAACUCUAAACUACAAUUUUAAAAUUAACAAUUUAUAAAGGCUUCAAACAAAUCAUUUUUACAGUUGUAGUUUAGAAUUAUCAAGACACUUUUCCAGCUUCUGACAGACUUUCCUACGACUGAACAGAUGUAUGAGGCAUGUUCAGAAAGUAAGUGUAUUAGAUUUUCAAGA